AUGCCGCCGAUCCGCCCCCUGCUCCUCGCACGAUGUGACUCGCCCACGGCCUGGUUGAUCUACUACUUCGCAUUCAACCUCGGCCUCACCAUCUUCAACAAGCGCGUCCUCCUCUCCUUCCCCUUCCCAUGGACACUCACCGCCAUACACACCCUCGCUGGCACCCUCGGAACACAGAUCGCCCACGCUAACAGGCUCUUCACCGCCGCAAGACUCUCCAGAAACCACUCCCUCAUCCUCCUCGCCUUCAGCAUCCUCUACACCGUCAACAUCGCCGUCUCAAACCUCAGCCUCCACCUCGUCACCGUCCCCUUCCAUCAAGUCGUCAGAGCCACCACCCCGCUCUUCACCAUCAUCCUCUCGAUCAUCUACUUCAACAAGUCCUACCCCUUCGAGACCUACCUCUCGCUCUUCAUCGUCGUCCUCGGCGUCGGCCUGUCCACCUACGGCGACUACGGCUGGACCCUGCCCGGCCUGCUCCUCACCCUCCUCGGCACCAUCCUCGCCUCAUUCAAGACCGUCGUCACCAACAUCAUCCAGGUCGGCCGGCUCAGACUCAACCCGCUCGACCUCCUCAUGCGCAUGUCCCCCCUCGCCUUCAUCCAAUGCAUCCUCUACGCCUACCUCACCGGCGAGAUCCAGAGACUCCAUCUCUUCGCCCAAGACCAUCUCGACCGCCGCAAGCUGCUCGCCCUCGCCAUCAACGGCGUCAUCGCCUUCGGCCUCAACGUCGUCAGCUUCACCGCCAACAAGAAAACCAGCGCACUCACCAUGACCGUUGCGGCAAACGUCAAACAGGUACUCACGAUCCUAUCGGCCAUCAUGAUCUUCAAACUGGUGAUCAGUCCGAUGAACCUGCUCGGGAUCCUGAUCACCCUGAUCGGAGGGGGAUACUAUGCGAAGAUCGAGCUGGAGCGGAAAUACUCGAAUGAUCAGGAUGAUAAUGACCGUCAUCGCCAAAAAACCUUGCUGCUCCAAGAGGACCACCACCGCUUCGUCCCGCCCCCGCCCGAGAAGUCCCCCGCCGCUGCCACCCCGCUCCAGAUCAACACCGUGCUAUCCAAACAACGCUCCUUCAACCUCUCCGGCUCCGCCAGAGAGCUCGAGGAAGGCCCCCGCCCCCCCUCCUCCGCCGCCGGAGAGCCGCCCCUCCUCAACAUCAUCAGCCCCCGUUAA